GUUCUGUGCUUUUUGUACUUUUGGGGGUUGUUAUAUGCUUGUUUUGAUCAUAAAGAUUUGAACUUUUUCUUCUUUUAUUUGAAGAAAAUUUAUCUGAGACCAACCCUUAUGAGUUAUGACCAACUGCAGCCUUUGUUACUCGAGGAUAAUCGGCCUGCCCCUAGGCUCAAUACGUGAUUUUGAUAUGUUUUACUUGAGUCGAGGGUCUUUUGGAAACAACCUCGGUAGUGGUAACGUCUGUGUUCACUCUAACCUUCUCACUAGGUCGCACCAUUAGUAGCAGGAAUGGCUAUAGCCGCUGCUGCAUAUGCUUCAAGGUAUGGAAUCCAGGCAUGGCAAGCAUUCAAGGCCAGACCUCCCACUGUGAGAAUGCGCAAGUUUUAUGAAGGAGGUUUUCAGCCUAAAAUGAACAGAAGGGAAGCAGCUCUGAUUCUUGGAGUCAGGGAAAACACUGAAGCAAAUAAAGUGAGGGAAGCACAUAGGAAGGUGAUGGUAGCUAACCAUCCAGAUGCAGGAGGUAGUCACUACCUUGCUUCUAAAAUAAACGAGGCGAAAGACACUUUGCUUGGACAGACGAAGAACAAUGGAUCCGCGUUCUAGGCUACACGAAAUUUUUGCUGGUACUUAGACAUACCCAAAUCCAAGAGUCUUUAGUCAAAAAAUUAGACACUAGAACAUUGAGAAUACAUCAUAAGAUGUACAAGUUACAACUAGUUUGUUUUAAUUCUAAGCAAGCUUGAGAAGUCGAUUAUAUGAAUUCUCACUAUUCAUGUGGCAUUUUGGGUAGGUGAAAGGCUCUGCUUACACACCAUCCUCUCCAGACGUUAUGUCGUUAUCGUCAUGUGGCAUUUCACUCUAUUUGUAUAGGUAAUGGGGCUGAGGAAUUCCAGAAAUAUUACUAAUAGAACCAGAAAAUGUGUAUACUUCCAAAAUUUGAAUCACGUGGCUUUGAAGACCAGUUGCCAGCA